GGUGGGAAGAAGCUGGGGGAAGCUCUCAGAACUCUCGCGAGAGCCGGCGCACAACACCCUCGCUCCUUUCUCCCCUGCACGCGGGCCGCGUGGUGCUUGCAGUUAGUGUCCGGACGGGAACAGGCAGCGGGAGUCCGCAGAACUCUCUGGCUGCCUUCCUCAAAGAGUCCAGGAAGCCGAAAGCCCCUGAGCGGGUGGACACCGUGGAGCCAGGCCGGGCGUAAAGCGCGGCUCCCUGCCGUGAGAACUGCUUCUGCGCGUGCAAAAGGAGGAAACGUGGCUGGGCCGCUGUUCAAGACCCAGUGAACUUGAAAUGAGAAGAGAGGGAGCUGCCACUUCCUGGAAUGCAACAGAUACCGAAACUGCACAUCAUAUUCUUUCCGUGGUGCCCAGCUGCAGAAGUCCAAGUACCCACAGGUGUUGGGAAUUACAUGCACGGAGCCCUUAGUCUGUUCCCUGACAUAUAUGAAGUGCUCAAGAAAUAUUCAUAUGAGAUUUUGACCAUGCAGUGGAGUGGGACAGGGUAACUCUUUUAAGUGAGGGCUGAAACAAUUCUCCUUCUUUCUGAUGUGCACUCAGGACCUGAGCAUGGACAAGAAAUACAGAGAAAGUUCCAUGGGUAUGAAACAAGCAAAAGACUGCCACAGGAAGCAAUUCUGAGCUGUAGCAGAAAAGAAGUGUUCUUAUUAACACAGAAAACAAAGGAGAAAAUGUUCCAGUGGAACAGAAACUACAUUUCAUGUAUGUUUAGGAGGAUAUCAGACUUACGGUGUGUGUCCCUACUUGGACUGCUAGGAUUUGGGUCCCCUGGUGUCCCAUGGAGCAGAAUGACUGUGGACUUGUGUCUUCCAGGCUUCCUGAGCACAUCAGCCUUCGAAAGCAGAUCACAGCUGAAAGCCUGUCCUGGAGCUCUCAUCCAGCAAAUUGUUAAAAGAGUUCUCAUCUCUAAAGACUGGAGUCUCAUCUCUCCAGGUGCUAGAAUCCUGCUUACCUGUAGGCAAAUCAUGACAUAGAUGGCAACGAAUGCUCAAACUCCUGAUCCUUCUCCAAUUGAAUUGCACCUGUUGAGAAGUCCUGAUAUUUUUGUUUGGAUUCUCUCAUGCUGAUCAUUUGCCUGAACCCCAGACAGAGAGGCAGUCUGCAGAGCUAAAGCAGAGAGAAUGGAUUGGAAAAAUUCAGAGCUCGGGAGAGACCUGUGAAGGUCAAGACUUGAAGAGCAGUGGGUCCUGAGUGCCUAAAAGUUGCCGCCAAUAAGAGGAGAAAGACGUUCACUUCUUGUUAGUAAAGAAACAAUGGCACCAUUCACUUAUUUCGGAGUUCUGUCUGGAGCUGUUCGUGAAGUCAGAAGGAAGAGUUCUGUGGAAGAUACGAUAGAAGAGAGAAUUGUAUGGUUGCUCUUUCUACUAGAUGGGCUGCCUGGUGGAGUAGAACCGAGAGCGAGCGUAAUUAUACAGGUUGCAGGUAUAAAGGGCAGUGAACAGGCAGAAAAAUGUUUCUGGUAGCUUGUGACACCGGCAGUUCAAGAAUGGACAGAAACCAUGGGAAAUACAUCGUGAAUGUCGAACAUUCUGAAAACCAGCCGUCAUUCCUGAACCUAAGAAACCAUGAAGCUCACAGAUCAGCAUGUCAAUUUCCAACAUCAACCGAUGUGACUGGUGAUGUAACUGUGACUGGUACUGAUUUAACUGGUGCCUGCACUGACACAGGGACCCUUGGACACUCAGCAUUUCCAAACAGAGAAUUCCAACAUUGUCAGGUGACACAAAAUUUCUUCACCGACUGGUCUCUUUGGAAGAUCUUCCUGGCUUGUCUCUUAGCCUGUGCUAUAACAACAACAAUUGGAGUACUCAUAGAGUGCCUGGUGUAUGAUGGGAAGAAUAAUAAUACCUCCAUUGUUAUUCAGCUUCCUCAAAACCACGGGACAACCUCAUCUACUAGUUCUGAAACUUUAGUUCCUACUGCGAUAACAGAUUCUACCAGCACGUCUGAUUCAACUACCAUCACUAUGACCACUGCUAGCACUUCAAGAGAACCAACUAGUACAAAAACCAUUGCUUCUACUGACACUCUCACUGCAACUUCUCCCACUUUUACUGAACUUAAAACGACGGCAGGAACAAGAAAUUCAGCUAAACCAAAUACCACAAUGACUGCCAGCAAUGCUACUGAGGCAAAAACAACAAAGACCACUCCUCUUGCUUCUGCUGAACCUGCAGCCACAGCAACAGUCACUGAUUCACUUCAACCCACUACCACAAAGAUUACCGGCACAACCACUGAGCCUACAACCACCACAGCCACCGCUACUGCCUCUACAGAACCUACAACCACCACAGUCACCAGCCCUCUCUCUUUCAAACCCACAAUCACCACAGCGGCCACUACCUCAUCUGAACUGACUACUACAGAAACUUCCAGCACUAACACUGAGGCUAGAAUCACCACAGCUGCCAUUAUAAUGUCUGCGGUACCUACAACCCCCGAGGCCACUGCUAUAACUGCUACCAAACCUACCACCUCCAAGGCUACUUCUACAAUUUCUACUGAAACUGCUAUCACCAUGGCCACCACGACUUCUAACAAGCCUAUGACCACCGCAGCUACCAUUACAACCUACUGUGGUACCACUGAAGCUACAGCUGCCACAGCCACCACUGUAACUUCUGUGGAACCUGAAACCACCAUGGUCACAACUGCAACUUCUAUGGAACCUACAACUACAAUGGCCGCCAUUACAACCACUUCUGAACCUACAAUCGCCCAGCCACCACUGUUGUCUCUGCUGAACCUAACUGACUACACAAUAACUGCUAGCACUACCACCGAGGCCACAACUAACACAGCCACUACAACCUCUACUGAACCUACAACCACCACGGCCAUGACUACAACUUCUACCAAGUUUACAACCCCUACAGCCACCACUGUUGUCUCUACUGAACCUAGAGCCACCACACCAGCCACCACAGCAUCUGAACUGAUCACCGCAGUAACUGCCAGCAAUACCACUGAGGCUACAACCGUCACGGCCACUGCUACCACUUCUGCCUAA